UCAGUAACAGAUAGGAACCGGUACUGAACACGCGUCUACCCUUCAGUAAUGCAGACGACCGGUUAGCAAGCACACGUGUUUAUAUUUUUGUAUAUAUCCUGUUUAAGCACAAAGAUAAUUCAAAAUAUCAAUAAAUAUAGAUUGUAGAGAUGUAUACAAUAUUAAUAUAUUUAUUGCUGUUUGACGGAGCGUUUAUGGAAGCGAUAGAGGGAGAUUCCUGUGUCGUGGAACAUAUAAACAUAGUAGGAAAGUGUUCUCCGCCAGAUAAAUGCAAUGCAGCUAAAAAUGACUAUCUACUAAACGGUAUCAAGCCCACAUUCUGUCAAUAUUCAUUUAGCAAUGUCCUGGUUUGCUGUAGAGAUGGAAGUAGUAUUUUACAAGCUGCAACUCAGACACUUAGACAAGAUAAAGAUAACACUGACAAUAGAAGAAUCAGUGAACGAAAAUGUGAAGAGUAUAGUCGUAUUGUGACACAAAACGUGGUUUAUACGCCUCUUGUUCCGGGCGAGAAGCCAAACUCUGUUUCGACAUCUUAUUGCCUGCAUUCUCACAUAGAACUGGUUGUUGGCGGCGAGAAUGCGAAUUUAGGGGAGUUUCCACAUAUGGCAGCAAUAGGUUGGGUUAACUUUGAUGACCAAUAUAAAUUUAGUUGUGGGGGUUCUCUUAUUAGUACGAAGCAUGUUUUAACUGCAGGACAUUGUUCCAGAAAUCCCCUCGCUAAAGACCCCAUUCCAGCUAUUGUAAGGUUAGGGGACCUCAAUUUGGACCCCUCAGUGCAAGACGGCGCAAACCCUAUAGACGUGCCAAUAAAAACUAUCCAUAUACAUCCAGAAUACAAGUCGCCUAUGAAAUAUCAUGACAUAGCUAUUCUAGAGUUGGCAGCGGAUGUUGACAUUGACAGUUCUAUUAGACCUGCAUGUCUAUGGUCGGGUGCUGACUUUGGACCUUACACUGUCGCCUUUGCGACCGGCUGGGGUACUACUGACCCACAUAAAAACCAGCCAUCAAAUGAUCUACAAAAAGUGUCUCUAACAUUACUUGAUAAUAAUAAUUGCGAUGGUUUAUUAAGAAAUACUAGAAAUAGACUGUGGCAAGGAUUUUCGGAAACGCAGAUAUGCGCGGGAGAAAUACGCGGCGGUAAAGACACUUGUCAGGGUGAUUCAGGAUCUCCCUUACAAGUGGAAGAUGUUAAUAAUGCUUGUAUAUUUUACGUGAUGGGGGUCACAUCUUUCGGUGGUAGAUGUGGUCAGCGGGAACAACCAGCUGUAUACACGAGAGUUUCAAGCUAUAUACAAUGGAUAGAAAGUGUUGUUUGGCCGCAACUAUAAAAUCAUCACCUAUACAUCCCCACUAAGGCUCGGAGCCUACCCUAAGUUAGGACAGUCAAUUCACUUCACACAUAUCUUUUCCUUCACCUACACGUCGGGUAAAUUGUUUUUUUUUUUUAUAUAACAAAGUGGCAAACGAAGAAACCACCUUGAAACCGCCGAAAUAGCGAAGCGACUGCCCAUAGACAUCCGCAAUUGUAAAUGCAUUGCCUAAUCUUAAUUGACGGAGGAGACGCAC